AUGGUGGAUUACUAUGAUGUUUUAGGCGUGCAGAGACAUGCUUCAGCCGAAGAUAUUAAAAAGGCGUACCGAAAACUGGCACUAAAGUGGCACCCAGAUAAAAACCCUGAGAAUAAAGAAGCAGAGAGAAAAUUCAAACAAGUAGCUAAGGCAUAUGAGGUGUUGUCAGAUCCUAAAAAGCGGGACAUCUAUGACAAAUAUGGCAAAGAAGGAUUAAAUGGUGGAGGAGGUGGAAGUCAUUUUGACAAUCCAUUUGAUUAUGGCUUCACAUUCCGUAAUCCCGAGGAUGUCUUCAGGGAAUUUUUUGGUGGAAGGGACCCCUUUAGAUUUGACUUCUUUGAAGACCCAUUUGAGGACUUUACUGGGAAUCAGAGCGGUCUCCGAGAAAGCAGAAACCGAGGAACAGGGUCGUCUUUCUCUGGCUUCAGUGGAUUUCCACCUUUUGGAAGUGGACUUUCUUCUUUUAAUACAGGAUUUUCUGUGGGAUUUCCUGCAGGAUUUUCUUCAUUUGGGUGGCUAGAUCACGGGGGUCUCACUUCAUUCUCUUCCACAUCAUUUGGUGGUAGUGGGAUGGGCAACUUCAAGUCUGUAUCGACUUCUACAAAAAUAGUUAAUGGCAGAAAGAUCACUACAAAGAGAAUCGUGGAGAAUGGUCAAGAAAGAGUGGAAGUUGAGGAAGACGGGCAGCUCAAGUCCCCGACAAUAAAUGGUAAGGAGCAGCCGCGCUUGGAUAACAAGUGACUCAAUGCACGCGUUUAACAGAAAUGUUAACUGUAACAAGCACCAUUUGAGGAUUAACAGGAACUUUUUUUGAAGAUUUCAAACAAACUCGACUUUCAGUAUCACUGUACCUAAUCUGAGUAUUUAUAAACAGCUCAUUGGAGCCAUAUUUGUCAUAGACUUUUGAGUUUAUUGUUGGGACCACAUAAUAGGACCAUUUAUUUGUCUUUAAAAUUGUUGUAAAUUUCUGUAUGAACUUUGCUUUUUUAUUAAACGUACUCCAGGUGAGCCCCGACUCCUCAGUAGUGGUAGAACAGAGUGUGCACUAACACCAGCAUGGACCUGCUUUUCCAUUGUGUCUGAAAC